AAUGGGGCGGGGGUGCAGUCAUCCGUGCAGCAGUAGGAGGAUCUACUCGCUUCAAUCUUGAUCUAUUUUUUUUUUUUUCGUUUUUUUUGCAGCGACAGGGGCACAGGCAGCCAACCAUCUCUUUUACAUGCACAGAGUUACUGGCGGGACAUCUGCAUCCCUUCUCUCCAAUCUGUGGAUUUCUUGUCAACUUUUUUCCUCGUUCGGUUUCAUCGCCGAGCAAGAAGAACUCGGAUUCUUUCCCUCCUCCUCCUCCCGUCUUUCUCUCUUUCUUUCACUUUUUCCCGGGGAGGAGAAGAAGAUCCCGUGCGUCCUCGCUCGUCUAAUCAUAGCAGGUCUGGUGUCACUGCAGCGUCUCUCUGCGGGAGAACAGACCGACACGCGCAUCAUGCUGGACGGCAUUAAAAUUGAGGACCAUCCGCUGCGCUCUGGGCAGGCCACUCUUGGAGUCAUGCUCGGCUCUGACUGUCACCACAGAUCCGUGUGUGAAGGAUGCCAGCGGCCCAUCUCCGACCGCUUCCUGAUGAGAGUCAACGAUUCCUCGUGGCACGAAGAGUGUUUGCAGUGCGCCGUGUGUCAACAGCCUCUCACCACCAGCUGUUACUUAAGAGAAAGGAAACUUUACUGCAAACACGACUACCAACAGCUGUUUGCGACCAAGUGCAGCGGCUGCAUGGAGAAGAUCGCCCCCACAGAGUUUGUGAUGCGCGCUCUUGAGUGCGUCUACCACCUUAACUGCUUCUGCUGCUGCGUGUGUGACCGUCAGCUGCGCAAGGGCGACGAGUUUGUCCUGAAGGAGGGUCAGCUUCUCUGCAAGGUGGACUACGAGAGGGAGAAGGACUUACUCAGCUCGGUCAGCCCUGAUGACUCAGACUCAGAGAAAAGUGAUGAUGAGGAGUUGGACAUCAAGCCAGAGAAAGGCAUUGGAAGCCAGGGGAAGGGGGAUGAUGGAAAGGAUCCAAGGCGGCCCAAAAGACCACGGACUAUUCUCACCACUCAACAGAGACGGGCCUUCAAAGCUUCCUUUGAAGUGUCUUCGAAACCCUGCAGAAAGGUGAGAGAGACUCUGGCUGCUGAGACAGGACUGAGUGUUCGAGUGGUCCAGGUGUGGUUUCAGAACCAGAGAGCUAAGAUGAAGAAGCUGGCGAGAAGACAGCAACAACAGCAGGAACAACAGAACUCUCAAAGGCUUGGCCAAGAGGUGAUGUCUAACCGAAUGGAGGGAAUGAUGAACUCUUUUACGCCGCUGGCCCCGCCCCAGCAGCAGCUGGUCACCAUGGAUCAGAACGGCUACAGCACAGACCCGUUCCAACAGGGACUCACUCCGCCACAGAUGCCAGGGGACCAUAUGAACCCAUAUGGCAACGAUUCUGCGUUCCACGACAUAGACAGCGACACAUCUUUAACCAGCCUCAGUGACUGCUUCAUGUCCACAGAAGUCAACUCCAUGCAGGCCCGCGUGGGAAACCCCAUCGACCGCCUCUACUCCAUGCAGAACUCUUACUUUGCGUCAUGAAAGGAGCUGAGCGAUAGGCAUCAGCACAGAAAACAAUGAUAAAAACUGUCCAUCUCAAGCUGAAGCGCCAUGGCUAAGAGUUUCUGCAACACUGUGGACCGGACCGAACCUUGCAGCAGCUCCUGGUUCUGAGGGGAAACUCAUACAGAAAUAGUAAAACCACUUGUUGUAGGAAAGUGAUGAAUCAGUGGGAGGAUUGGUAGAGAUGACUUGUUAGGUUUGCUUAUGUCUCACAGGAGAUAUGACUUUUUCUGUUGUUCACUUAGAGAAAACAUAUAGAAACCACUGAUUACACAAACCAAAUAACACAGUGAGUUUAUACAGUGCAUGAUCGACUGUAAACCUUUUGUAAGCCCUUAUGAGCUUCAGUUAAGACCUGGUGUUUGGACUGUUCCCUCUGUUCGGACUACUCGGCCUGUCAUGUUCACCGUUCGAUUUUUGAUCACUUCCCAUAGGUUUUAGAUGUCGUGUUGAUAGUAAAUAGGUGCAGCAUGUCUGCGAGAGUGACUGUACAUUUGUGUAUGUAUGAGAGUUUGUGUCAGGAAUGAGUUGCUUUUAAAAGAUUACAGAAAACGUGGGCGAGUCGGUGGGCGAUAGGAUCAGUGAAGUGUAAAUACUUUCCCCGGUCAAAUUGGAUGUGCAUGUUAAAAAUGGAAAGCAUUCUAUUUAUUUAACUAUAACAGGCUCUUGAAGGUACAUAUUAAAAAAGUGAAAAGCUUUAUUUAAAAAGGAGAGCAUUUUGUUUUGUUUUGUUUUGUUGAGCAGUUGGUGAAUCCAUGAGUAUCACAGCUCACCUGUAUGCAUUUCCAAUAUGAAGAUUAACCUUUUUUGUUGUUUUUUGUUCCUUUUUGUUUUGUUUUGUUUUUCAGCCAAGCUGUAAAUGAGCAAAGUUGCUAUUUAUUUGGAACAGAUCACAAGUCUUUUGUUGUCAUUGUCCGAUGUGCAUUCUCAAAAUGUUUAAAGUUGCUAAUUGACCAAAGUUGACUGAUUUGAUGAAUAAAUAAUGUCUUUUUCUCCUGAUAACAUUAAAUAAAUACCAUCAGUGACCAUAA